UCGGGCUUCUCUCCGCCGCCGCCGCCUGCGCGCUCGCCCGUCGCUGGCUGUGCUGCCGCCGUCGCUGUGUGUGUGUGUGCCCCGUUGGAAUGGGGUUGCCUGCGGCGCACCUGUAGUAGCACCAGUGCCCGAACCCGGGCUCACCCACGCCGCACACCUCGGAUACACCGCCUCGCGAAAACAGUGCUUCUCUGACGCUACUCCCUCCGCCCAUGGAUUACGACCCCUCUGGAUGCCACGCUAGGCGGGCCCUUCUUCUUCAGCCGAGGCCCUGGUGGUGCGGGAUGAUGUUGAGGAGGAGGGCUGCUGCCGGGGGGAGGAGGACUGGUGUGGCGGAGCGGGCGGAGCCGGGGUGCGCAGGCCCAUGAAUGCCUUCUUCCUGUUCUGCAAGCGGCACCGCAGCGUGGUGCGCGAACGCUACCCGCACCUCGAGAACCGCGCCAUCACCAAGAUCCUGGGCGAGUGGUGGGCCAGCCUUGAGCCCCACGAGAAGCACACCUACACGGAGCUUGCCAAGCAGUACAAGGAGGCUUUUAUGAAGGCCAAUCCGGACUUCAAAUGGUGCAAGAUGCCCACCUUGCCCACGCGGUCUCCAGUGACGCGCACUAAGGGGGCCACCACAAAGGGAGACACGCUGCGCUGGAGCCCCGAGCAGACAAACUGUCCCCGGUCGGACAUGCCACGGGUGCCCACCCUUACGAAGGACCCACUGAGCAUCUCGAGGCAGAACAACAGUAGCCCAGUGCUGCAGCAGCAGGGCUCAAACUCUUUGGACGAGCCACCGACGACAAAGCCAAUGACCGAGUCUGGUGGCAACGCGGCCGAGCAGUCUGGUGCUCCCAACCCGACACCCCCAAGCAACCCGCAGCCAGUCAGCUGCAAGCCUCCCAAGAAGCGCUACUUGGAGAACCUCGAGAACGGCACGUACGGCGGGGGCAACGCGGGCCGGAUCAAGGAGUCCUCGUCGUCGCCGUCACCGACUCCCUCGCCGGUGCCCUGUGCACCACCGCAGAGGGCUGCCUCCACGGAUCAGCAGACUAACAAUGCCUGUUCGGCUCUGCUCGAACUUGCCGAGGGAUGCCAGGGUGGGAAGAAGCCACCAACUGCUGGAGGUCGCCAGAAAACUGGUGACCUGAACACCAAGUCACAAGAUAAUGGCAGCAGCACCCUGUCCUCUGCCACAACAACCACCACGACAACUUCGACGAGCACUAGCAGCAACGGAAGCAGCAGUCUAUGUGGAGGCGGCAAUAUGCCCCCAGCCGGCUAUGGGCCAAUCCCCAUGUUCAAUGUCGGUGCUGCCAACCGCUUCAUUGACCAGGCAUUCAGCCAGCCCACCACUGCCAGCAGCAAGUCCGUGUCACCGCCGCCGCCAUUCACGGCGCUGUCGACUUCGUCCACGAGCACGCCGCCGACUAUCUCGAGCAGUGUGACGGGCCUAGAUAGCGGAGGUGGAAGCGGCUCGGCCGCGGCCAAUGCGCGGGAGCGGGAGCGUGAGCGCGAGCGGUUCUUCAACGUGUCGUCGGCGCUGAGCCUCGCACAGUCGCUCAACCGGGGCGACGAGGAGCAGCCGCUGAACCUGUGCAAAGAGCGCCCCAUGACGACGAUCAAGACCUGCCAGCAGGACAUCAUCAACCACAUCAUCGACAAGUUCCUCUGCGGACCUAGUAAUGUGGAGCCGCUGGACGGCACCGUCUUCUCGGCGCACGGCUCUGCGCGGCAUCCCGACGACAGCCCCGCCGUGCCAGCCGUCGUGGCCGCUGCCGUCCCAGGCACAGUGCCCACGCCGAAUGCCGGACUGUACCGUGGCGGUGCGGACGAGGAAGUGUAUGACGUGCAGAAGAAGGUAGCCGCCGGAAGCCACAAGAGUGGCGUGCGGCGUAAGGGGCUUGCCGGGAGUUCGCCGAGCAAGCGUGCACGGGUCAACACAUCUUCGGCUGGGGAUGAGGACGGGGGCAGCAGCCCGGAGAGAGCGCGGAAGAGUCAGCGGUCGUGCAAGGGUCAGCGUUACCAGGCUCUCGUGUCAGAAGGCGUGCUGCCGGGCUCCAAAGAGCGAAAGGGGCUUGUCCGCAAGUCGGAUGAAGAAGGGGACGAUGAGCCCAGCAGGCUGGGUGGUGCAGGACGCAGGGAGGACGGGGCCAAGAUGCCUCGCAAGAACAGCGGCAGUUUCAACCUGGAUGCCCAGAUAGCAGCACUGCCCAAGUGUAGCAUGGAGUCGUUCACGAGACGCAAGAACAAGAAAAAGAUUGGCCGUCCAGAGGACGAAGGCAGGGACGAUCGCCCCUCUUCCGACGCCGCGGAACCAGGAGGCAUGGACCCAGACUUCCGGACCAGCUUAGCCAGGGGUGUGCGGCAACGCAGCGAAUCGGGGGCGUCUGGCACUGACGAGGCAGUAGAUGACCCCUCGAGCCCCCCACCUGUAUCCUCACCCAGUGACCAUUCGUCUGUUACGCCCAGGAAGUUCAAGACAGGGGACUUUGACCUGGAUGAACAUCUUGCUGCCCUUCCAAAGUGUGACAUUGAGGUUCUGAGCCGACGAAAAAAGGAACUACGGCGAGAUUCUGGCUCAUCUAGCGGCAGACAAGACUCCAAGGCCGAUGAUUCGGGGACAGAGUCGGACCAUGCGGGUGCCUCGGAGUCCACCGAGGAGAAUGGAGUGCGAGAAUGGCAUAGUGGUGAGGAGGAGGAAAUGGAAGAGGCUGGGCGGACCAGCCCCAAGAAGGAUAAGCGGAAGAGACGCAAAGGUGCGCUGAUGGAGGAGGACUUCCCUAGCAGCUUGGCGACUCUGGCCGACAUCGCGCUGAGUCAGAAGGAGAAGAUGCAAGAAUGACACAGGCCUAGACCUCAGCAGAGGAGGCGAAGGGGGGGCCCAACUGCCAAGCAAUAAGCAUCGUCUGCCGCAGAUCCCGGGUCUCCUUCCGCGUGAUGACCGCGCCCGGCCUCAGGCCGUCUCUCACGAUGCAGAGAUCCUUCCCCGUCUGGGUUUCCGCUCGACGAAGGUGUUGCUCUCGUGUCUCUUCUGCGGACAACGUUAUACUUUCCCUCACCCUUGGACAUUGUGACAUUUUUUUUACCCUCGUCAUCACGCGUGUGUGUGAAUGUGUGUGUGCGUGCGUGUGUGGAGUUGUAGCCCGACUGAAGAUGUAAAAACUUGACGUGCGGUGAGUCUCGGACCCAGAGCGACGCUGCGUCGGUGGUUCUUUUUGUGGAAGGGACCUUUUCGUACCCCGACCGAACUUGCCCUCGUUCGUUCGUGGCAUAGCGUUUCCUCUAGGUCAUUCGGUUGUAAGACUCCGACACCCGCACAAAUGACGGAUUUUUUGACACAGCUGUGCCGCAUAGCGCCUUCCUGUGCUCCAAGUCUUCUUUGUUGUUGAGCGCGGACACUGCCAACAACGCGAGUCGCGGAUGUGGUGUCGUCUUUCGGCGAGUUCUGGUGGGAAGUUCUGCCACUCUCGAAAAUCCUCUCAAACCUCCCUCCCCUCCUCCCCCACCUCCGACGACCAUUGGUGUCUUAAGACUGCUGCAUCACCCUUUCUGUGAUUUGUGUUGGAACCGAUUUUGUUUUUUUUUUCUUUGCAUAAUUUUAAUGCAGUGACCCUGUCUCUCUUUUUCUGGGACAGCGGUCAAGUACGUGUGAGGGCAGUGCAUUAUCUCAGCAGCAGCAGCAGCAGUCCUCCUUCUACCUAUUUUAAAAAUUUUAGAGUGCCUGCAUUAUUAUUUUUUUUUUCUGUUAUUCGUCUGAAUCUAGCUGCAGGUUUGGUUUUGGCAAACUAAGUUGGAAGAACAAAGUGUUUUAGGAGCAUUAGCUUGUCAUUUUUAGGGGCCUUCUAGGCUAAUAAUACAAGUUGAAGCUUGUUCAUGUAGAAUAAUGCGAGUGGUGACUUUUGGGUCCAUGUCUUUUUUUUUUUUGUCUGUGUAUAUAUAUAUAGGGGCUGGAAGAAAAAAAUGUUUUAGGAACUGUUCAGAGCAUUUUAAUGGUGAUCAGAAAGGCGCGUUCUUAAAUGUAAUGGCCUUCGUACCAUCACCAUGGUCUAAUCAGUCUGCUCCAAUCUGACACUGUUUUCACUUAAGACUGCUGAAUCUGCUUUUCUUGUAAGGAGAGAGAGAGAUGGAGAGAUAGAGAAAAAAAAAGAUUGUGGAGAGACUGACAAUAUGCACCAAACUGUACAUAUGCAGAACCGAAGUCACUCGUCAGAUAUAUAACAGAGUUUUAAGAAAGAAAACAAAAAAAGAAACACGGCCCGUGAAGCAGCACGGGGCCUUCGCACAUGCAACUGGAGCUACGGAUCUCGGCUGCGGUGCCUGCUAACACUUUCGACUUUUUUUUUUCUCGCGAUUGCGCACACAGGCAGCACACAACACGCCCGCACAUUCUGUACAUAAAAGCACAGCUAGAAACCACACAUUAGAUCCAGGUUUUUCUACUUCAUUGUUGUUUCUUCAGACCUUCUCCCAUUUUUGUCGCACAAGAACCGACGGCCCGGUGGCAGCGGCAUUUCUGUCCGAUCAUCUGAGCAGUAUGAGACAGCAGUAAAAGAUCGAUCGCAGUGUUUUGACGCGUACCACUAAGCAGCGGCAUUCGGGCAUGGCUCGUCCCCAUUAGAUCUUCCCCUGUAACUUUUAUUUUUUCAGUGGGUAUGCCCUUGGAGCUUUUCAUAUUGCAUCAUUUUGUGCUGAAAGUCAGUUUUGAGUCAGUUUUAAUUGGAUCGCAACGAAGUCCUGUUCUUUUAUGUGUGAUCCGUGCCAGAAGUACUGAUACAUAAUUCGAGCUAUUCGCAAGUUUUGCCUUUUCGUGUGGUGUUGCAGUAGUGUUCAUUUUGUGGACAGUGAAGCCACACUGGAAGGUAAAAUGCAUAUUGACGCAUUCUGUGUUGCUGUAAGCCGCUAAACAGCACUAGGGAAAUAGCUGCUGUUGAUUGUUUGAAAAGAAUUUGUUUGUACAACAUUGUUCUUAGCUUUUGACGAUCUAGACUUAUUAGGUGGGGCUAUAUGAGCAAUAUUAUGGUAAUCUGUUUCUUUGCCUUUACCAUUUAUCAGAUGUUGUGCAGCCUAAUGUUCCUUCUUCUUUGCAUCAUUCAUUAAUAUUGUAUUGGCUGUCUGUAAUUCUUGGACAUGGGACAGUCUACUUCGACCUACUGCAACCUAAAAAGCUACAGGCAGGAAUAACAAAUUGCAGUGCCUUUCACACAAAAAGAAAAGGCAUCAUUCUGUUAAUUAAAUUAACCAGCGUUGCUGUUUGCUGACUAAACGUACUGACGUUAGCCGAGUCUGCAGUCAGUUCUUUGCCUUCUCGUAUGGGUCCUUCGAACAAGAUUUUUAUUUCGCACCCAUUGUGCAAAUUUGUGUAGCCGCUUCCCAUUUCUCUUACUUUUGUCUGGGGACGGCGACUAGAAACGAACAAAUUUAAGCAACAAAAUCAAUUCAAGAUCAUGGUUUCCGUGGAGCAUUUCAUUUAAUAUUCUUAUCAGCAUCAAUUUCUUUCCAUGUUUGUCACUCCUCAAUGAUGUUGGCCUAAAAAGAGAUUUGACAAGGAAGGCAUGGGCGUGUAAACUGCUAGACAAUCUUGCUUUCCUUUCCUCUUCUUCUUUGCUGAAAUGGUUCAGCAUUUUUCGAGCAGUCAUAGCAGUUUGCUGCAUGCAAGUCUGAGGAAGGCUGGAGUCUUCUGUACGCUUAAUUCGAUGCACAUUUCAGGGCGAGUGAAAUUUUUAUUUUCACUUCAAGGCUCAGGGAAAGAGAAAGAAAGCAAUGCUAUGCACUCUUAUAAAACUUCUUGACACUGGCUUCCUACAACUUCUGUUUCGUGCACUGCUCUGACAGUUCAACCUGCUCAAUCGAAAACAACCCAUUCACCAUUUGUAAAGUUCGGAAGAGGCACUUGGAGGAUUUAUUUUGGCAUCCAUCUUGUCUCUAGCUUUCUUGGUGCCAUGUAUGCACAUGCGCUUACUACAAGGAUUCAAUGCAGCAGUUGUAUAUGUGGGACCUUCACAUACAGCGUGACCAUCUAAUCUGUCAGCUUAGUAAAAUGGUUAGUUUUCACGGGGCUUUGUGAGGAAAAGGAAACAAAAAAUGCGGAGUCGGUGAUCUGUGUCGAAUUUUCCUUCCAUUGUGUUCUCAUUGGCAACUGUGAGUUCAUAACUGUGCUAUGCAUUUCGAUAGGUUAUGUUUUGUGCUAGCUUACUUGUUUGGCGAGAUGUGUUGUGUGGAACGGGAUGGAACUAACGCAUGUCAGAAUUGCUUCUUCAUUUUAUUCUAGCAAAAGUUGAAUCAACAAUGGGGUCAUUUUCAUGAUUUGGCUUGGGGAAAAAGAAAGGUUUCCACUCAUUUUCCGACAUGGAAUGGGUUGAAUGUUUUAUAAGUUAAUUGUCGGAAGUUUUUCUUGCAUCUUUAGAUACUGCAGCUACUUAAUGAAAAGACGAGGCAUUUCAUUUUUUAUGUAUUUGUGGAAGCCAUUGAUAUGUAGUAGUAGUUCUUACACUUCGUAAGGGUGUAGAGAAUGGAGUGUUAUACAAGGCUUAAUGAGAGCUCAGUCUGGAAGUGUAAAUGUGUAAAUUGCGGAAACAAGUUCGCACCUUUAGCAUAGUCUCCUAGUGCAAAUAACAGCUGAUAUUUAAAGACUUGUUGGUUUAAAGAGCAAGCUUCCCCAUGUUGCCAAGCUGAAAAUGUGAUGGCAAGGCUUACGAACGAGCAAGCUAGCACAAACAUCGCGCUGCUGAUGCUCCCCUAGGCCUAGCGAUGAACAUACCACUAUGACUGUCGCCGUGACAUUGCUGCUUAUUCGACUGGUAUUUCUAUCCAGACUAUGCAGUUUGGCCAACAAUCCCAGACAUAUAGACAACGCUGCAGCACACAUUUUUGUUUUGCUGUUCUUGUUUUGAGCUCUUUUCCGUAUUUUUUUUUUACCUUGUCCUUGUCUGGCUUGAAGCCAUUGCAGGAAAUUUUGUCUUGUCUUGGCUUUCUCGUUCUUAUUACAUUGCAGAACAAAGCAGUGAUGUGUUGCACUCAUCGUGGCCAACAUAUUUCUUAUUGAACAAAAAAACAUUGUUUUAUGUUCUCGCGCUAGUUGUGAACAGGUAUGUGACUUAUGGCCAUGUGUAUAGGUUAAAGAAACCAUUGAGAUCAACGUUAAGAAAGUAACCGUAGUAUGUUAUUGAGUUAUACUUUAUUUACCUAUGUGUACUUGCCUCGUAGUGCUGCCUAUGUUGGAUUUCUUUCGUUGUUGAGUGCAAUUUUACGAGGAAUUGUGAUGUGCUCAUUGGGAAAAAGUUGACUGGCAGUGGAGGACUGCACGUUUUGACACCUGUGUGGUCUAUUGCCAGAUAUUAAUGUAGGGUGCAAAUCUGUGAUAAUGGCACACGUAUCUGGAUAUCGCCCCUUCAAAUAUAGAUUGAGCCCCGUGAACAGGUUGUUUUGUGCACAAUCGUUCUGUUAGGAGCAGUUCCGUUUCGCCUGAGCAAGGCUGAAAGGCAUACACAGCCUUUCCUUUAUGUGUUUGUAUUGGCCUGCUGAACAUGUCAUUUUUUGUUGCAUCUUAAAGGGACACUGCAGCGGAUUGUUAACUUUGGCUUAUAUAGGUAGGCAAUUGAAAGCUUGGUAGAAAGCCUGGAAGAUGCUGAGAAACUUGAGGUGACUGCCUGCAUCUCCUUAGAAAUUUAGCACCAGCUCACUGCAAUGCCAUGCUCUCUUUUAACAGUGAGGGCGACAUUUGCGUUCAGAAGUCUGCAAAUACUUAAAAGAAAUGUGAGCUGUGUGGACAUAAUGCAGCACUGCGUUCCGGUUUGCAUUUCCCAUUCACCUUUCUGUUUUCUUGCAUGUUUGUUGCAAGGUAAAAGAAAAUUCCUCACUCGGAAAUAUUAGGAAAUUUUCCUGUAUGGAGAAAAAAAAAGACAGCACAAAACAUACUGUGAGAUCUGUGCCGUUGCAUUCAUGCCACUAAUGCCAUGUAUUGGUUGUGUCGUUUAGUUAAGGCAGUUUGGCCUUGAUUUCCCCAGCUAAUAAUUAGAUUUUCUUUUACAAUCAAAUAUGUGGAGAUGUAGUUGCAGAAUAUUAUAUUAGUCUAAGCCAGGUUAGUGUUUCCACUUGGUGUCCCUUUAAUAAAAAGCAUCCACUUUGGUUAUCAAUUCUUCUAGUAUGCGAACAGCCAAAAUCACUGUAUGGCAUGCCUAAGAGUGCUACCAAAAUCCAUCCCUGUGGCUAUUUUUACCUGUUUCUGGCUAUCUAUGCCUUUAACCACGCUGCUGUGUUGCUUUUGUCACACCUCACAUCUCCUCUCUCCUACUUCGUAUCAUUUUGAGUUUUUAAAGAAAAGCUAAUCGAUGACACUUCAUGAAGUCAGUGAUUCUUUGCUUCAUACUUAUGCCUCUUCUUCACAAGAUGGUUUAAAGUUGCUUGACCAUAGCCUUUGAGCUUCUGUGGCCAACAAGAAUGUUGAAUUUGCAUAAAUCAUCUUUUACCAGCUAGAUUUGGCAUGUACAAUAUACUCCUACAGCUUUGAUCAAAUGGGAAUUGGGCUACGUAAAGCAGAAGCUUGACUCGUUUGCAUUGUAAUGUCAUGACUUCUCAAUCUACUAAAUCUGCACUUAUGCUAAUUGUGAGCCCACAAAAUGAUGUGUGUGGUGCACUGCUUAGGCCAGUGACUCUUGGCUGUGUGGGAUUCGGAAAAUAUUUCUUCACUCUUGUGACUAGUUCUUCCUGUGCCUCAUAUUUUAUUUUGUUGGCUGUCUUGCUGUUUUUGUCAUGCAUUCAUUUCUGUAGAAACCUCAUUGUGUGCGCUGGUCGCAUUUUCUUUUUUUCUUUGUAUUUGAAAUGCUGGAAGGUAAUUUCUAUCUUUUUUCAGAAGUUUACUAUGGUUAAGUGUUAAUCAUGUUGUCAUGCUGCAGAGCGCUAAAAAGUGCUUGUGAAUUGGAAACUAUCGUACUUAAACCUCAGUUGAAUCUUUAGACCACUGGAACAAUACAAGGGAAAUGGCUACGACUGCACUCUUUGCAUCGCAUCCGUACUUGCAGCAAACAUGUUUCAUUUGGCUUUGCACAUUUGUAUGAGUACUUUGUCAAAAUUUACUGUGCACCUUGAAUGCUCUGGUACAUUUAUUAGGCUGCAAAGCAAUUUUAUUUGCUUGUUUCAGAGAUGUCGAGUUCCUGUGUGUCAGAAUUACAGCUUUGAUUUUUUGUAGGGUUGCGCAAAUAUUACAAUAUAUCGAAUCAAACAGUGUGCUAUUCGAUAUGGUCAUCGGCUAGAAUCGGCACUAUUUUUAAAUUAAAAUAUUUGAGGCUACGUUGCUUGGGGAGCAUUUGUAUACACUCAAACCUCAUUAUAACAAAGUCGCAUCUGCUACGAAAAUAACUUCGUUAUAUCCGAAAAUUCGUUAUAAACGUUUAUUUGUAACACUGUAGCUAUGACAAGACUAUUCUUCAUUUACUUCGUUAUAACCAAUAAUUCGUUAUAUCCGUGUUCGUUAUGACGAGGUUUGAGUGUACACGUGUCUAGCUCCGCAAGUAAUGUAGCCUCAAAUAUUAGACUUUAACAUGAUUAUUCGCACUUCCUGAAGAGUUCUUUGCAUGCGAGGAAUCUGAAUAUUCAUUCCUGAUGUCCCAUUUGUGCUUUUAGUACUGAAAAUGUGGAUGCGAGGAGGUGACUAUUGCUUCAUAUGUAGCGCAAAAACGACUCGUUCAUAUUCAAAUUCAAUUCAAUUCAAUUUGCUUCAGGCGCUUUGUAUUUCAUGCGGUCUCAAUGAUCACUAUUUGCACACCACUAAUCUUUCGUGCUCCCCUUUUGGUGGUUGUGGACUUGCCAUUGUCGGCCUGUCUGCUGCGAGGACGAGAAUUGCAUGUUGCUAGUGGAUACAAUUGACGGGACAAGGAAGACAGCCCGUCUAGCUUUUACCGCUCUUCUUGAGCACACACAUACAUAGUUUCACCGCAUACAUGCACCUUCAAAGUUAUGCACAUAUUUUAGAUGUACAGUAGAAGUAACGAAGUACAUAACUCUGGCUCCCGGUCAAAACAUUGUAAAUGAAAGCGUGGAAUAAAAACCGGUUAGCCUGUAAGCUGCCAAGACAAGAACGCUUAUCUUUGGUGGAGGUAGAGGUGGGAAAAUUGCUGUGUAUUUAGGGCAAAAAUUAUAUCACUGAAACAUACAAAGUUAGUGGCUCCGGAUUGCUCAAAGCUAAAUUUAUCGCGUUUUGAAGUUGCGUACUUGCUUUAAGAUAGCAAAAGCCUUUUUAAAAACUUCUGUAUAUAUACGUGAUAUAGUUGCAGCACUGUGAAAAAAUUUAUUUUUUGGAAGUAACUUGUGCAUAUGGUUUGCUUGAAUAUGAAAGAAGUAAAACAAUGUGUUUGAUACAGUGGCGAUGCACGUAUCAAAGAACUUGCAUCUUAACGAAGUGGUUUCUACGCGACUUGAAUGUGGCAGUUCUAAGCUGCUGAGAGCUUUGGCACCAAGAUGGAGCUUUAGCUGAACCUUAGCUAUAGACAGUACGGGGAUUGUUGUGAAUAACUUUAUUUUCAAACUUUUGGCAUGACAUUGGUUUUUAGGACACUGAUAAAAAAUGCUGGCUCUUUUCCCACCUCUUCCUCAAUACCUUUGGUCUUCAUUUGCUGGUGGUGUUAGGCACACAGGUGUCCGGCAUUUGGAAGCAAAGCAGUUCGUUGCGAAGUACGACGGGUAUGGUGGGGGGGGGGGGGGGUGAAUGGCACAGAACUGGUUAUUUUUGUGCAGCAGGUGGACUUAAGAACAAAGGGUGGACUUUGUAGGGCAGGGAAUGUUCGAGACAUGCCUUUUGGUGGUGCGUUUGUAUACGUGUGUGUUGCUGUCCAUGCAGUGGGUCUUGCUUGCACGGACGUGUCUGAUUUGUUUAGUACAGGCGAUUCACUGUCUGCCAUUAACCUACAUCACAGUUACUGGUUGCAUUUUGCAUUGUCAAAAAGAAAUUUCGUGCAUUUUGUGAAAUGUUGUGCAAAAAGGCAUUCUUUGUUGCUUGUCCUUAGAACAUAUUCAUGGCCCUUUGUUGCUGGAUUGGUAAAAUGAGCCUUGAGUGGUAAACCGAAUGCGGGCACGUGCCAGAACCAUCAGUUAUGUUUAGCACACUCUUAUGCUGCAA